ACACCAACACAGCUAGGACACACACUUAAGAGCACCCUGCACUUUCCAACCCUUGUUGCAAACAGAGAAAAGACACCGCAAGUGGAUACAAGAGGUUUGCUGAACUACUGAUCCGUGCGUAAGGACUUUUAGUUGCUGAACUGCAGAGGCUUUGACUUUUUUUUUUUUUCGUCGCAAUUGAAAACAGAAGCUGAUGAUUUAACUGCCCGACUUUGUGCAUGUGCUACACGCACAAAUAAAAAGCAAUUUUUUUUUAUUUCAUAAUCCCCCUUUUUUUCCCUCUAAAUAGUCCACUUUCUUCUCUAAAAUUGGCUCCUGUACAAACAGCCGCGUUGGAUCCCUCGGGUUACUGCGAGACUCCGGUGUACAACCCGGAUCUCUGUCCAAAUAUGAUCGCCGCCCAGGCCAAGCUGGUGUAUCAUCUCAAUAAAUACUACAACGAGAAAUGCCAGUCUCGGAAAGCGGCCAUCUCCAAGACCAUCCGGGAGGUGUGCAAGGUGGUCUCAGAUGUCCUGAAGGAGGUGGAGGUCCAGGAGCCCCGCUUUAUCAGCUCCUUAAACGAAAUGGAUAACCGUUUCGAGGGGCUCGAGGUCAUCUCCCCAACAGAAUUCGAGGUGGUCCUGUAUCUGAACCAGAUGGGGGUCUUCAACUUCGUGGAUGACGGCUCUCUGCCGGGCUGCGCCGUGCUCAAGCUAAGCGACGGGCGGAAGAGAAGCAUGUCCCUCUGGGUCGAGUUCAUCACGGCUUCGGGAUACCUGUCCGCGCGCAAGAUCCGCUCCAGGUUCCAGACGCUCGUGGCGCAGGCGGUGGAUAAGUGCAGCUACAGGGACGUGGUUAAAAUGGUCGCGGACACCAGCGAGGUGAAAUUACGCAUCAGAGACAGAUACGUGGUUCAGAUCACCCCCGCGUUCAAGUGCACCGGCAUAUGGCCACGCAGCGCUGCCCACUGGCCGAUGCCGCACAUCCCGUGGCCUGGUCCGAACCGGGUGGCAGAAGUCAAAGCCGAGGGUUUCAAUCUCUUAUCGAAGGAGUGUUACUCAUUGAACGGGAAGCAGAGCUCGGCGGAGAGCGAUGCCUGGGUGUUGCAGUUCGCCGAAGCGGAGAACCGCCUGCUCCUGGGAGGCUGCAGGAAGAAAUGCCUGUCCCUGCUCAAGACGUUGCGCGACCGUCACCUUGAACUUCCCGGGCAGCCUCUCAACAACUACCACAUGAAAACUCUCGUGUCUUACGAGUGCGAGAAACACCCGCGCGAGUCGGACUGGGACGAGAACUGCCUCGGGGAUCGACUGAACGGGAUUUUAUUGCAGCUCAUUUCGUGCUUGCAGUGCAGGAGAUGCCCCCAUUAUUUCCUGCCAAACCUAGACCUUUUCCAAGGAAAGCCACAUUCGGGCCUCGAAAACGCUGCCAAACAGACUUGGCGACUGGCGAGAGAAAUUCUAACCAACCCUAAAAGCCUGGAGAAACUCUGAGGUAAAAA